UUUCUCUUAUUCUAUCUCCCUCUUACUUUCACUAUUCUCUCUUCUUUCUCUCACUCUACACGGAGCCUCUAACUCUCUCUCUCCCUCACUAUUUAUCUGCCUCUCUGUCUCUCUCUCUCUAUUUUUACGCACAACUUCUCCCAGCGUUAUCUUUACUCUCUAAACACUGUCACUCUUGUUUCACAUCCCACUGUCACUCAAUCAUCACCACAGUCCAACAAAUAGACGUAAGCUCGCCUUAUGUGAAAAAGUCUUCUUUUCUUCUGAGGAUGUAUGGCUUGAGACAUGGGCAAAAGGAACAGCAAACUGAAACCCGAUGAAAUCGAGGAACUGCGUACUAAAACAUACUUUUCAGAAGAGGAAAUACAACAAUGGUAUAAAGGAUUUAUGAAAGAUUGCCCAGAUGGCAAGCUGACGUUAGAGGGAUUUACAAAAAUAUACCGUCAGUUCUUCCCAUUUGGUGAUCCUAGCAAAUUCGCUGCAUUUGUCUUCAAUGUCUUUGAUGAGAAUAAGGAUGGUUACAUAGAAUUUGAUGAAUUUCUACAAGCCUUAUCGGUAACCUCCCGAGGUAAUGUGGAUGAAAAGUUACGGUGGGCUUUCCGUCUUUAUGAUCUUGACAGUGAUGGCUUCAUAACGCGGGAGGAACUUCUAGAUAUUGUAGAUGCUAUCUACAAGAUGGUGGGAAACAUGGUAAAAUUACCAGAGGAAGAAAACACGCCAGAGAAACGUGUAAAUAAAAUAUUUGAAAUAAUGGAUAAGAACAAGGAUGACCGCUUAACAUUUGAUGAGUUCCUUGAGGGCUCUAAGAAGGAUCCAACGAUUAUUCAAGCUCUGACUCUUUACGAUGGGGGUCGACUCUGAUGUAUGUCCCGCGUGACGAAUCAAGCGUUGUCACCUUCAUUGGACUCUGCCCAUAAAGCGCUGUUAUUUUAUUUUAUAUUCUUCACUCUACCAGAAUCUCAACUAACAAUAAAACACAUAAGAAACAGUUCUAAGAAAUACAAUAUAACUUUAUAAAGAAAUCAAACAAAGAAGAAGACCAAGGGAAAAAUAAUUAAAAGAUACAGUGAAAAAAAAAGUGAGAUGAAAAACAUACUGAAAGCGAGAACAAUUUAACCAAAUGAUGAAUUUGAAAUGAAGAAUUAAAGACAAGGGGUCUUUUUUUGUAAAAUUUCUGAUAUUGUAACCAUGGUUAUUUUAUGGUUGCAUCCUCACAGGAGUUUCCAUAAGGAAAUGUUCAGCAUCUCAGCCAAACUUUAUAGCAAUGUCGUAAACAUCACUGCCAUUGCUUCCUCAGCCAAUACUUUUAUGUAUUGUUUCCAUCUGUAUCGCUUUUUACCUUUCCAAAUUAUGCUUUUUUCUUUUUAAAUCUCUAUUUACCACUACUUACAUCUUUGUUCCAUUUUCUCUAUCUAUUUAUCUACCUCCAUCUAUCUUUCACUAAUUUUACUUCUCUUUUCUAUUUCAUCCCUUCUAAAAUUAAGCCUAUCUUUUCCUGUGUCCUUUCAGCUAAAUGGACUUACCUUUACAGCUUCUUUUUGUAAUUCUAAAUAAAAGAAAAAAAAAAAUUAAACAAAAGGUUUUAACCUGGCCUCCUUUUUCUCCUGUUCUUGUGCUACUCUUCUCUUGGAAUUUCUUUCUUUUAACCCCACUCCCCACUCCCCACCUAUCUUUUCUUUUUUUUUUGCCUUUCUUACUCUAAUCAACCACAACAUUCUUUCUCACUGUAGCUAAUGCAUAAACACAACACCACAAACACAUUAGAGAAUGGUUGUAGUUAUUUCUUACAUCUGCAACUAUUGCUACGUCCUAUAUCAAUUACUUUUCAAUUUUCUUUCGGUUUCGCUUUAUGCAGAGUCAGACAAUAGCAUGGAUUCUUAAAUACUGUUGUUCUUGUUGUUAUUUAUUUUUUUUCAUUGUUAUUGUUACAUUUCUGUAUGUGUGCACAAGUAUGCAAUGUGCUUCUGUGGGUGUGUGUGAGUGAAUGUUUGGUGUGUCUUGUAUAUAAGUGUAUUCUCCAGAAUUUCCUCUGUCAAAGAUCUUCAUAUAUCUUGGCAUGAUUCUCUCUUCCCUUCUCUUUCUCUCUCUCUCUCAUAUAUAUAUAUAUAUAUAUAUAUAUAUAUAUAUAUAUACAAACACACAUGCUUAGGUAUACAUUUAUGUAUGCCUGUAAAUGUGUUGUAUGUAUGAUUUUUCUACAAACUAUUUUAGAUGAAAAAAGGAAAAUAAGAUUAGUCUCUUUCAAUUUUUAAAAUAAUUUCUUCCAAAAUUUAACUGGUUUCCUUUUAUAAGCAAACCAAUUUUUUAAAACUGUUUCUCUAAAACAAUUAAAAAAAAAAACGUUAAAUAUGUCUUUAAUAUUUAAUAAUUAGAACCGUUUUAACUCAAUCAUUUUAAUUAUCUUACAAAGUUGAGCUUUCAUUUUAUUUUAGCAUGGAAUUUUUGUACACACACACACCCCUUCCCCCACUCCAACAUUUUUGCCUUAAGAAAAAUAGCUAUCAUUGGAUUUAUAGGUUCUGAACAUCAGAAGUCGGAAUCUGCUCUUUAUUUAUUUAUUUAUUUUCAUUUGAAUUAGUUACAGUUAGAAUUUACAGCUAUAGUGGUUUCACUUACACACACACACAUUUUGUUCAUAUAUGAAGUGUAUAAAUAUAUAUUUGAAAGCAUUAGUUUAUUUUACCUUCUGACAAUUUAAAAUGCUGUUAUUUCAGUUUCAAUUCCUUAAUGAUGGAAAAUGUAAUUUCAGAUGCCAACAAUAGAUUUAUGUGCUUCAAAUGCAAACAAAAUAUGUUUCUAUACAAAAAUUAAGAAACACAAUUUUAAAUCCUCUUAUUAGGAAGAAAUUUCAGAUUUAAAUUUUUAUUUUAUUAAUGAAGAAGUUUGUUUUCACAGAUUCUGAGUCCCUGAUUGAUUAAAACAGUGGUUUUCAACUGCAGCUCCCAGGACGACAUGUGGCCCUCAAACAUCCUUCUAUAAACGUUUUGUUUUUCUCUAAUUGACCUAUCUUUUACAUUUUUUGAUGUGGCCCCCAGAUAUUAAAAAGGCUAAGAACCACUAGUUUACAACAUAAAAAUCCAAAACUAUCUUGGGUUUCUUUUUCAUUUUUUUUUUUAAAGUAUAAAAAAAAGGUGAAAAAUCCAUGCUAAAAUUAGGAAGCAUCCAAAAUUGUAUUGGUUUCAAUUAUUUUGCUAUUUCUUUUCUUUUUUAAUAACAAAUCUUAGAAACCCAAAUAAGUGUUGUUGUCGAGAAGAAUAUCAAAUUGCUUAUUCUGGUUGUUGGCUUUAUUUUCUAUGCUAAGCUGUAUAUCGUCUUCAAAAAUUAUGUGGAUUUCAUCCAAGUACUGUAAGAAUGUGCUAAAAUAUAUGCAGAAAUGUAUUAAUACCAAUAUGAUGAGGAAUGUCAACUACCUGGAUUUAUUGCUACGAACUUUAUUGUAUAUCAAAGUCGCCUACUUUCGGUAGGCACAUGCUGAGUUAGUGCUUUUUUGUUUAGUUUUGUUUUUCAUUUAUUUCUCUGAACCUUGUGUGUUUUCUUUAAGUUUUUCAUUGUAAGAAAAAAAUCCUGUUUCAAUAAAUGAAUAUGUUUCCAUAAUUUAUAAGUAGUUCAUAGCCAUUGACCAAGAUCUUGAUACCACACAGUGUCUGAAAUAUAUUUGUCACAAACAUGAAAUGAAGAAAAAAAAUUAAAAUAUAUAUGUAUAUAUAUUUAACAUUUUAAGUGGGUAGUUAUUGUCAGUUUCUUGAAUCCCAUUUUUUAUGUCAUUUCUACGGAAUUUUCUGAAUCAUUUAUUGAAUUUGUCCUUUGAAAGGUUUGAAUUAAUUUAAAUACCUUUGAUGACAAGUGACUAAUGAGUCUGACAAAAUAGUAUUUAUUCUGACUAAACAGACAAUAUUCACUUCCAUCUUUGGAUUGCUGGUAAUGUUUCAACGACUGCAUUAGUUAAAGGCGUAUUCACUUCCACUGGUGCUUUAGUUAUAAGCUUCUUAAAAUACACUCAGUGACCAGUUUUCUGGGGACAUCUAGUGCUCAGUAAACUGGGCACCUAAUGUAUUUGAAUUUGAAUGUUGACAAUAUUUCUAUUGCUUUCUCCAAUGGGAUGUUCCAUUAAUGUUUGAUGAUAUACUGGAUAAGCAAUCAAAAUAAUAAUGCUAUGACCAGAUCAAAUAAGUUGCAAAAAAAGAAA